ACAACAUUCAGCAAAGCUUCCUUAAGGAGAUUUUGUGUUGCCAGUGUUCAUUUUUUGUGGCUAAAGCUCUUUUCUUCACACACAGGGUGGAAAUCAUCGGAUAAUGGAGCUAUCACUGAUGCCAGCACAGCAUUUUCCGGCUGUGAGCGCGGCCUUCAUGGAUUCUCCGUACAAUGGCAACGCGUCCUUGCAGACGUCCACAUCCAACCUCAAUGCCAGUUACUCACGGCCCUCAGAAGCUGAUGAUGAUGGAAAAGUGUCCAGUGAUACAAUCUGGUUGUGGAUCGCUGUGCUGGCCACCAUUGGCAACAUAGUGGUGGUGGCUGUGGUGUGUGCCUGUGCCUUCUGACGCAGAAGAGGAGCAGAUCAGGAACCUACUUGCAAUCAGACAUUUGAACUUUAACUUUUUUCCUCUUACUUUAAUUGAAAAUAAUGCUUUAUUGAUAAAGCAGUCCGGGAUCAUUGACUUGUUUAAUAUGUGUGUCUAAACUUGAGGUAUGCAGGGAAGCUUCUCAUUUGAAAUAUCCCUCAGUAGCAUUUGAAAACAAAUAGAAGGGUAGGAA